CAACUUGCCAAUGCUGUUCUGGUUCACUGGGGGAAAAAAGAUUGCACCGCCCACCUGCGGCUGCGCAAUUCUCGUCCACGUCUAUUAACUGGAAGACUUACUAUUGAGUGUGGUAGUGACUAAAGCUCAGCAUCGAGCAUGUCUGGCGGCGCAACAUACGACUGUGUGGUGGUCGGGGCAGGUGUCCAAGGAUCCUUCACUGCCUACCAGCUCGCAAAAAGGAACAAGCGGACGCUUCUGUUGGACCAGUUCAUUCUACCCCACACAAGAGGUAGCUCCCAUGGACAGUCCCGCAUCAUCCGCAAGGCCUAUGAGCAAGACUUCUACUCCAAAAUGAUGGAGGAGUGCUACGAUUUGUGGGCUGAGUUAGAGAGGGAAGCUGGCGUCAAACUGUACAGACAAACGGGGCUGCUGGUGAUGGGACCAGAGAACAGUGAGUCAUACCAGCAGUUCAAGGGGACCCUGCUGAGGCAAAAGGUCCCAAGCAUGGUCCUGACACAUGAAAACUUCAGCCAGCACAUCCCCCAGAUCAAGUUCGCUGAUGGACACGGUGCAAUUGUGGACAUCACAGCUGGAGUCCUGUUUGCUGACAGAGUUCUCAGAACAGUCCAGACACAGUUUCAGAAGCAUGGAGGCAUCUUGAGAGACAACGAGGAAGUGAAGAACAUCCAACCUGGAGCUCUGGUGACCGUCACAACUUCUGCUGGUGUUUAUCAUGCCAAGAGUUUGGUGAUCACUGCUGGACCCUGGGCCAACAGACUGCUGUCCUACACUGGCCUGCAGCUUCCUCUGGAGGUGCAUAAAAUCAAUGUGUGCUACUGGAGAGAAAAAGUUCCUGAUUCCCACAAUGUGAAGAAACGUUUCCCAUGUUUCCUGCUGACCGAGGGAGAGCAUAACAAUGAACACAUCUACGGACUUCCUUCUAAUGAGUACCCUGGACUAGUCAAGAUUUGCUACCAUAUUGGUGCCCCGACUGAGCCAGAUGGGAGAGACAAGCAGACAAACAAGGAUGACAUCAAUAUCCUUCGACAGUACGUCCGCCAUUAUAUGCCUGGACUUGACCAUGAGCCAGCAGUGGUUGAGAGCUGCCUCUAUACGUUGACACCAGAUCGCCACUUCAUAUUGGACUACCAUCCUGCUUAUCACAAUAUUGUGAUUGGUGCUGGAUUCUCAGGCCACGGCUUCAAGUUUGGACCAAUCAUUGGGAAGCUGCUUUGUGAGCUCAGCCUGGGAGAAGCGCCUACUUGUGACCUGUCACCUUUUCGCUUGCGCCGCUUCCUGGCUACAACCAAAGCAGCAUUGUAGUGCUAAGAUCACUUCAAGGCUAAGUUGAGAAACAAUUUCAAAAUCAUGAUUCAUCAUUAGAUUUGCUUAUAUCAGCUGUUUCCAGGAUGGAGAGGCGGACGCAGCCCUGGUUUGGAAAUAUUUGAUCUCGUGAUGCAGUUGUGUCCUGACUCACGUUCAAUGAUUAGCCUGAAAUGUCGCAUCUGUCAUUUUCCUUCUCUGUGAUUUUUUCUCCCUUAACAUUGGGAUUUAAGCACCAAAGGUUCCUAUAGGCAGACUGGGCUACCAGCCGUAGUCAAAUUCGUCCUCUGAUUUGAGUUUCUCACAAGUCCUUUUCUGGUGAAAUUCCUGAAAAUAUCAUCUCAGCAUCUCCUCUGUCAGAUCAUCAGCCGUAUCAUCUUUUGAUAGUUGCUCUUUUGAUAGUACUUCAGGGCCCAUUUGUGCCCUGUACCAUUGUAUCAGGGCAUUGUAUGUUUCUUUUUAAUGAUUCAAUAUGACACAGAGCCAUCAGAUAAAAGACCAUGUCACUUGAUACCACAUACAUUGGGGGAAGUGGUAGAAGCGUAAGCAUGUCCCUCCUUACCUUGGCGCUUGCCAAACCUUUGCGGAGACUCUCAUGAAAAGUCUUUGACUUCCAGAAAGCAUUUGUCCAUCCAGAGGCUCCACCCGAGGGUUUUCCAAGUUGAAAUGCCCUUAAAUGGACUAAUGAAGUCAUCUUUGACUUAGAACAGCUGUGACAACUUAGGACGUUGCUGAAGGAAUCUUCGCUGUGAGACAUGAACAAUGUCUGAAGGACACUUUGCUCAAUGGAAAUAUGUUGACGGAUUUGAAAAGAGCCGGUGCGAUGUGGAAUUGAUUUCAACAUUAGAAGAGUGUGCCUUCUUUGGACACUUUAAACGGGUGGUGUCUUCAAUGGGCUGGUAUUAUCUCCUAGUAGGGAAAUAAUGUAUGAUGCUGAGCUUGAUACCUGUUGGACACUGAGGUAUAGCAGUUUUGCUGCAGCCAUCUAUCUUGCACCUCCUCCUUACCUUGGUGCUUGCCAAGCAAUCGUGGUGUCUCGUGGACGCCCAAGGAAAAACCUCCAACUUCUUGAAAGCACUUGUCCAUCCACAAGCCUGUUGGCCUUUUGAACAACACAGCUUUGAAAAGCCAAUUUCCAAAUAGAUUUGCAACAAGUGUAUAAGAACUUGUCUCAUGUUGCCACCAAGCAUCCUGGUGUCGUCUUUCUGUGACAGUUGGUUAGCCCUGCUGUUUUCAGCUGUCUACAACUGCGCUGUCUCCCCAACCGGUUUAGAGAUGAUGCGUCGUUCAGAACAAACCAUGGGAAAUGAUGCAUUCAAAAAUCUCUGCAUUUGGCCUUUAUGUGAUUCAAGAGUUGUGAAAAUCUGUCAAAAUUGGUACACUGCAAAUCACUGUCAGGCAGUUGAACCACAUCAGGUUAAACUGUGAGAGUUAUCCAAAUAGAAAUGAACCAAAAUGGACAGAUGAAGUCAUCCUUUGAUUUAGAACUUCUGUGACAUUUUCAUUUGAAAAUGAUUUUUUGUGGAAUUGAUCAAAAAUAAAGGUGAUCAUCUUACUUCAUGUAUGAUUUCAUGUUUCAUUUGUCUCAACGUUUCUCAGCAUUUAUCUUGGUCUUCUUUUCGUUGACGAAAUAUAUAAGAGAGCCGUCGAACGUUACAGUAGACAUAGUCUUAGUCUUAUUAUGAUCGCUUUCACUCCUCUCAUCUGGAUGAAGCAGGAACGUGUGCAU